CUACUUUGAGGGAUAGGAGGUGACUCUUAGGAGUUGAAUUCUCACCAACAGUGUUUUGGAGUUGUCAGCCAGAGUCAGCAAAAACAGGAUAGAGCAAACGAUGGAGUCGAUAUGGGUGGAAAUUACCGAACAGCCCCAGCAAAACGCCACUCGUUAUCGGUACAAGUGCGAGGGAAAGUGUGCUGGUUCGAUACCCGGUGUGAACAAUACCGAGCACCGGAAGUCCUUUCCGACGAUUAAGGUGCACGGAUUCACGGGAAAAGCAACGGUGACGGUGUCCUGUGUAAUGGCCAGCUAUCCUCAUCGCGUCCAUCCGCAUGGCGUUGUGGGAAAGAACUGCAAACAGGGCAUCUACAAGGCCGUUAUCGAGGAUUGCCGAAUGAGCGUGGCUUUCAGCAAUCUCGGAAUUCGAUGCAUUCGGAGGAAAGCAAUCCCCGAGGCGCUUCUGAAGCGACAACAACUUGGCGUCGAUCCUUAUGGCGGUGGCUACAAUCAUGCCGAUUCGAUCACGAACAAAGAUCUUAGCAGCAUUCGGUUGUGUUUCGAAGUGGUUCUGGAAACUAAGAACGGAUUUACGCAUCGACUCCAGCCGGUCGUUUCUGACGUUAUCUACGAUAAGAAAACUCUUGAUAAGCUGGUUAUCUGUGAGCUGAGUCGCUUCAGUUCACCCGUCCGUGGUGGAAAGUUGAUCAUAAUGACGUGUGAGAAAAUCAGCAAAACCGACAUAGGGAUUCGAUUCUUUGAGCAAUCGGCCGAUGGCAGACAAAUCUGGCAGGAUUUUGGCAUUUUCCAACCGACUAAUGUUCACAAAAAACUUGCAAUUGCCUUCCGUACUCCACCGUAUGCUCACGCUGGAAUAACUAAGCCUGUUAAGGUGCAAGUUCAGCUGUUUAGACCAUCAGAUGGCUUGGAAAGUAAAGCAGUGUCAUUUGAAUACUAUCCAAAUAGAACUUAUACUAACUCGCCCAACGAUCAGGUCACAUUUCUCCCAGACCUUAAAGAAAUAUGCGAAGAUUUACCCAGUUUAGACCAAUAUCUGGCCAUCAAAACAGAUGCCGUUCAAUCAAUGGAUACUUCCAGCUUCGAUGACGGUAUUCCCAAUGAAAGCACGCUCAGUGCUACACCAGAAGUAGAUUCGGAGGAAGAAGAGAAUCAAACCUGGUAUAAGCUGUGACGCUGAAUUAUCGAUCAACGAAGUUCCGAAAAUUGAAUCGAUGUUCACAUUAUCACAGAUGUUCUCAAUGAUUUAGACCAGUGUAAGGAAUAUUAGGUUGUGGGAUAUUAUUUAAUUCAGUUGUUAAGUUUCAAUUACCGCAAAUUCUACAAUUUAGAUCAACUUGUUCGUUAACGUCACUUCGUUCGCUGCACACACAUAAUUUUAUAAACUAUGAACACUGCCA